AUGGCGCAAGACAACGAUGUGUCCAAGGCCGGCGACAAGGGCAAGGCCAAAGCUGUUGACAGCAAGAGCCAAGAGGUCCCUAAAGACAAGGAUACCAAGCCGGUCACGAAUGGAAAGAAGGACGAGAAGGACGACUCCGAAGAGCUGAGCGAAGAGGACCAGCAGCUGAAAAGUGAACUGGAGAUGCUCGUGGAGAGACUGACGGAAUCGGACACGACUCUCUACAAGCCGGCGCUGGAGGCGAUGAAGAACUUCAUCAAGACGUCAACGUCUUCGAUGACAGCAGUACCUAAGCCGCUCAAGUUUCUCCGGCCACACUACGAAACGAUGACGAAGCUGCAUGACGAAUGGCCGACAGGCAAUGACAAGACGUCGUUGGCCGACGUGCUGUCUGUGAUCGGCAUGACGUAUUCAGACGAGGGCCGCCAGGACACGCUCAAAUACCGACUUCUGGCGCCCACGCAAGACAUUGGGUCAUGGGGUCAUGAGUACGUGCGACACCUUGCGCUUGAGAUUGGUGAGGUGUACGGCAAGCGGAUAACGGCAGAAGAAGCGACGACGGACCUCGUAGAUCUGGCGCUGGUUCUGGUGCCCCUCUUUCUGAAGAGCAAUGCGGAGGCAGAUGCGGUUGAUCUGAUGAGCGAGAUGGAGAUCAUCGAGAAGCUGCCCGAGUUUGUGGACCAGGACACGUAUGCACGUGUGUGUCUGUACAUGGUGUCGAUGGUCAACCUCCUGACGUACCCGGACAACGAGCAGUUCCUGCGUGUUGCGCACGACAUAUACAAGGAGUAUAAGCAGUACACGCAGGCGAUGGUUCUUGCGAUCCGGCUGAACGACAUGGACCUGAUCAAGCUGGACUUUGAGCAGACGGAGGACGCGGCUCUGAAGAAGCAGCUGGCGUUCCUGAUUGCGCGGCAGCGGAUCUGCCUGGAUACGGCAGACAUGGAGGACCAGGAGCUUGUGGAGUGCCUGUCCAACGUGCGGCUGUCGGAGCACUUCAAGCUGCUGGGCAAGGAGCUCAACAUUCUGGAUCCGAAGACGACGGAAGACAUCUACAAGAGCCAUCUGGAGAGCAGCCGGGUGUCGAACAUGACGAACAUCGACUCGGCACGACACAACCUGGCGGCGGCAUUUGUGAACGCGUUUGUAAACGCCGGGUUCGGCAAAGACAACAUGAUGUUGGUGGAGCAGGACAAGGAGAGCUGGGUGUGGAAGACCAAGGACGAGGGCAUGACGUCGACGGUGGCGUCGCUGGGGACGCUGAUGCUGUGGGACAUUGAGAACGGGCUGGACAAGAUCGACAAGUACACGUACGUGGAGGAGGAGCAGAUUCAGGCGGGUGCCAUGCUUGGUAUCGGCAUCAUGAGCUCGGGCGUGCAUCUGGACUCGGAGCCGGCGUUUGCGCUGCUGAGCGACCCGGAGAAGCUGGAGCACAAGAACCCGCUGAUCCGAAUGUCGUGUAUCAUGGGGCUCGGGCUGGCGUACGCGGGCUCGCACAACGACAUGCUGCUGGACCGGCUGCUGCCGAUCAUCACGGACACGUCCAACGACAUGCAGACGUCUGCAAUGGCAGCGCUGGCGUGCGGGCUGAUCUUUGUGGGAUCGUCGCACGCGGACACGAGCGAGGCCAUCAUCACGACGCUGCUGGACGACGACCGCAAGCCGCAGCUGACGGACAAAUGGACACGGUUCCUGGGCCUGGGCCUGGGGCUGCUCUUCUUUGGGCGGCAGGAGGAGGUGGACGUGAUCCUGGAGACGCUCAAGGCGGUGGACCACCCGGUGGCCAAGCCGAUGGCAGUGCUGGCGACGGUGUGUGCAUGGGCAGGCACGGGAGCGGUGCUGAAGAUCCAGGAGCUGCUGCACAUGUGCAACGAGCACCUGGAGGAGUCGGAGGACAAGAAGGGCGACGAGCUGCUGCAGGCGUAUGCGGUUCUGGGCAUCGGUCUGAUUGCGAUGGGCGAGGACGUGGGCCAGGAGAUGGUGCUGCGGCACUUUGGACACCUGAUGCACUACGGCGAGCCCAACAUCCGGCGAGCGGUGCCGCUGGCAAUGGGGCUGAUCAGCCCGAGCAACCCGCAGAUGAAGGUGUAUGACACGCUGUCGCGAUACUCGCACGACAACGACAGCGACGUGGCGAUGAGUGCCAUCUUUGCGAUGGGACUCUUGGGCGCAGGCACGAACAAUGCGCGUUUGGCGCAGCUGCUGCGACAGCUGGCGAGCUACUACCAUCGCGACCAGGAGGCGCUCUUCAUGGUACGGAUUGCUCAGGGGCUGCUGCACAUGGGCAAGGGCACGCUCUCGUUGAGUCCGUUCCACACGGACCGGCAGAUCCUAUCGCGGGUCUCGGCAGCGGGCCUGCUGGCGGUGCUGGUGGCCAUGCUUGAUGCGAAGCAGUUUAUCACGUCGCACUCGCACUACCUGCUCUACUUUCUCGUCACGGCGAUGCACCCGCGCUUCCUCGUCACGCUGGACGAGGACCUCAAGCCGGUCACGGUCAACGUGCGGGUCGGUCAGGCCGUCGAUGUGGUUGGCCAGGCCGGUCGGCCGAAGACGAUUACCGGCUGGCAGACCCAGAGCACGCCGGUGCUGCUGGCGUACGGCGAGCGAGCCGAGCUCGAGGACGAGGAGUACAUCAGCCUGAGCAACACUCUCGAGGGAUUGGUGAUUCUAAGAAAGAACCCUGAGUGGGACAGCGAAAACAAAUAA